AUGGAGAACCUGGCGUUUUACAACUCGAACCAGAAGGUCGACCUCCCUUCGCACGAUGAGGCCUUGUACGGUUCUUCAGCCAGCGACUACUAUUCCCUAUCAGUCCCGUGGGUAGUGUCGGGCUUUGGGUCAAUUCAGACGCAACUAUGGACCCUCCUGAUCAUUCUUUUCGUCGUCUUCAACUUGAAGAACUUGCCGGGCGUGUGGCAUAUGAGAAUAUUGAAUGCAUUCAGAUUCAUACUUCGAACACAGCGGCCUUCGGUUGAGUUGAAACCCUCACACAUCUUCCAGCCACUCGUCACAUCCUCCACGGCUCAGCUCCUCGAGACCGACUUUAACCUCCACAAGAACAACUCUACCUACUUCUCCGACGUGGACAUCUCGCGCACGCACCUUGCGUGCACACUCUUCGCAGAGGGGAUCGCCAAGAUGCGAGGCGGUACAAGUGCCUACACUGGCGGCAAACACCCACAUUUUGGACUUGCUCUUGGAGCAGUAUCUUGCAGCUUCCACAAGGAGAUUAAGCCUUACCAAGACUACGACAUGUGGUCGAAAGUCCUAUCAUGGGAUGAGAAGUGGUUCUACAUCGUCACGCACUUCGUGCGCAAGGGCACUGUCACACCAGAGUCGUCUAGUCUCUACCCCGAGCAGGAAGGCGCAGAUGAGUCACACUCACUGAAGUCACCUCUUACAUCCAUUCCGGAUCCAAGCGAGCGACCGGACAGGGCUGUCUUUGCAACGGCGCUUAGCAAGUGUGUCUUCAAGUCUGGGCGCAAGACGGUCAGCCCUGCGACGAUGUUGGAUCUGUCGGGACUGCUGUCUCCCGGCAUGGAUCCUUCUGAGGCAGAGAACGUCGAGAUCCAGCGGAAGCACGGGCUCAUGGCAGCCAGCGCCCUGGCUGAAAAGAACCAGAAGGCCUUGGAGGCGGAGUUUUCUGGUAUUGGCGGGCCCGUUCUGGGCCAUCAUACUGAUGGAACAGGGUUUGGUGGUGUGGUGAGCACUCUACUACAGCUUGCCAAGUUGAAAACGACACAGGCUCUGUGA